AUGGCAUUUCAAAGGAAGUCUCACAUUUUGAAUGACUCAAUUUAUCCAAUAGAGGACCGAAAACAUGUACUUCAACGACCCAUGUGGAUUAUAAGUUUUACGACAUUCCUUACAGCUAAUAUUGUUGGGUCUAUAUUUACCAUUGGUUAUCUCCCUAUUGUUAUUUUAGCACCUAUCGGAGCUAUGGGACUUGCAUUUAAUGCAAUUGCAGCAAAAAUUGUAUUAGGCGACCCACUUAAGAAAUAUACAAUGCUAGGCACAUUAUUAAUUGUGAUAGGAGCAUUAUUAGUUGGUUUAUUCGGUGUUAUUUCUGAACCUGAUCAUGAUAUUAAUGAUUUGAUAACGUUAUAUAAAAAGCCUACUUUUAUUGUUUACUUUAGUAUUUUGGAAUUUUUCAUUCUAUCUGGUUUAAUAACGACACAUUAUUUUGAAUAUACGAUAAUGAAGAAAAAGCCAACAAAAUCAAUGGAAAAUAUAAAAAAGUAUUGCGGUAUGAGUUACGGUAUUUUAUCGGGAAAUAUUAGUAGUCAAAGUAUGCUUUUUGCAAAGAGUGGAAUCGAGUUAAUUAUACUUUCUAUUGCAUCAGAUGAAAAUCAAUUAAAAUACGCUCUUACAUGGAUUUUACUAGCAAUGAUGAUCAUGACAGCUAUUUUACAGUUAUUUUAUUUGAACAAAGGAUUGCAACUAUGCGAUACUGUGAUCCUUGUUCCACUUUCAUCAUGUACCUUUAAUCUAUCUUGUUUAUUUAAUGGACUCUUUUAUUAUGAUCAAUGGAAUAGAAUCGUUUGGUGGCAUUUAAUUUUGGUUUUUAUUGGUGUAGCAAUUACUAUUAGUGGUGUGUUUAUGAUAUCAUUCAAAACGCCUACUGUAAACAUAUUAAUUGAAGAAGAAGAAGAAGAUAUUGUAAAUACCGUAUAUGCAAUAAUGACAGAUGAUUUAUCAGAUGAUACAUUAUCAGAAAAUACUCAUUUAAUAGGUCCAAAUAUUAAGAAGCAUUAUUCAUCAACAACGACUACAACAUCUACACUUGUAUAG